GAAUUUUCCUUUCUCUUCUUCCACUAUCUUACUCUUUUUCCAAAAAGGAUUCUUGUCUAUCGUCAAUUUGGUCCCCAAUCACACAGGCUGUUUACUCAGGACACCAGGAGCGCGCCUACAAUGCAUUGGAAAAGACCCAAGGCUCAACGGAUCCAUUACGAUUAUGAUAUGGCCCAUGAGGGAAUUCUGGCAGCAGGUAGCAUGGCAGAACACUUGGGAAAUGGUAUUGUAUCCUUCGCUGGAGAGAAAUAUCCCAAACAUCCCUUCUUAGGCAUCAGAAUUCAUACGGGAAAGACAGACAGAUCCAAGGGGCUGGAUCCCUCGAAAUUCCCUCUCGCUCGUCCCCGUCUCCACUUGGUGAGUGACCCCGCACUUUACUUCCCUGAGACUGGGCCCCGGGGUUACUCCGCAUUCCCCCAUUUCGACUCCCUCGGCAAUCGAACCUGGAAGCCCAUUUAUCACCUACACCACGCUUGAUCCUCUGACUUGGAUAUUACGAGACAAACGCUACUGAAGCACAUUUCGUGGAAAAAUUUUUCAUUCAAGAUAGAAAAGCUAUCAAGAUAAAAGGCUAUCAAGGUCGUCUUGACUUGAGAUGAAGAGAAAAGCACAUCAUUCUGGUCUAUGGCGGACUCAAAAAGGGACAAAUACACACAAAUUUCCCCGAUGCGUCGAGAAAUCCGGCCACCGUUCCCCACGCUCAUUAGAC